UCUCUGAGAGCGCGCACUGUCAUUUUUAUGUACUGACGGAAUUGAUAGAUAUCGAAUAAGGUGUUCCUCGAUAGUUUGUUUAGUUUUGACGAAGUUUUCGUGAAUGAAAUCUUCAAUAUGACACAAGAAACGGGACAGAAUCACAGCAUGCAACCAUUCUACGUUUCUCUGCUUUCCGGCGGAGUAGCUGGUCUUGUCGUGGAUGUUGCGCUGUUUCCCAUUGACACGAUAAAAACUCGUCUACAAAGUGAAAGAGGUCUGUGGCGAUCGGGAGGCUUUCGAGGAAUUUACAAUGGGCUUGGAGCAGCAGCUGCCGGAAGUGCACCGACCGCUGCACUGUUCUUUUGCACAUACGAAAGCAUCAAAGCGGUGUUGUCAUCGCACCUAAACAAAGAAUAUGCUCCGUACAUUCACAUGGGUGCAGCAUCCAUAGGCGAAAUGGUGGCGUGUUUGAUUCGAGUACCAGUAGAAAUAGCUAAACAGCGUCGUCAGGCGAUCAGCACACGAUCAAGUAGCAUAUCCAUAUUACUGGAAGCAUACCGAACGGAAGGUAUAACGAAAGGUUUAUACCGAGGCUACGGCAGCACCAUUUUGCGAGAAGUUCCUUUUGCAUUUAUCCAAUUUCCGAUUUGGGAACAUUUAAAAGCCCACUGGACUGAGACCACAGGCCUGGAAUUAAAUACGGCAGCAGUUGCUGUGUGUGGAGCUGUUGCUGGAGGAAUAGCCGCUGCCAUUACAACUCCACUAGAUGUUGCAAAGACAAGAAUAAUGUUGGCUGAGAGAAAUCAAAAUGCACGUUUGGCCAUUACAUCGGUACUGCGGAGUGUAUAUAAAGAUCGAGGAGUGACUGGAUUAUUCGCUGGGUUCGUGCCCCGAGUAUUAUGGAUUACGAUAGGUGGGGCAGUUUUCUUUGGAACAUAUGACGUUGUUUCACGAUUCUUGCAGUUUAACGACAGUUGAUGAAUGAAGUGCUUAGUUUUGAAUGUAGAUUUUGGUUGUGCAAUUUCGGUUAUUAUAUGGUCGUUAUGGUCGCCGAGCUAAGAAA